AUGUUUGGGCAUGAAGGUUUCCCAAGGAAAUGGAGCGGAUUGUCUGGCUUCAGCAUCCCCGAGGCGUCGUCUAAGCGGUCGACCCCGACGCUAAAUAGCGUCGUCAAAGGCUCAAAACCUCUCCCCUUCCAUCCCCCGCCUUCUGAUUAUUGCGUGUCCAACGAGCCCCACCUCCCCCUUCGUCCUUUCCGUCUACAAUAUCUUCUCCGAGAAGCUAUAGUCCACAGAGAGAAAGAGAGAGAGAGAGAGAGAGAGAGAGAAUGGAGCUCCAAGGACCCUCCGAGCUCCGAGCUCGCAGAACCCAACCAUGGCGAACACCACCUCGACCCUCCCCUCUCCCCCCUGCGCUUCCCCUCGGACGAUGUCGACAGCUUCUGCUCCACUCCCUACGUCAGCGCCCCCUCCAGCCCCGGCCGCGGCGGCGUCGCCGGUGGUUACUUCUUUAGCGCCCCCACCAGCCCCAUGCACUUCAUCCUCUCCUCCGCCGGCGGCGGCGGAGGCCGCUUCCCUUCCGACUCCCCCGACGCCUCCGUCGCCGGCUCCUUCGAGUUCGAAUUCUCCGCCCGAUUCCCCUCUGCUGCCGCCUUCGCCACCGGAUCCAUGACCUCCGCCGACGAGCUCUUCCUUAACGGCCAGAUCCGCCCCAUGAAGCUCUGCUCCCACCUCCAGCGGCCCCAGGUCCUCGCCCUCCUCCUCGAUCUCAACGAAGAAGAAGACGACGACGAUGAAUCCGAGCGUCACCCGCCGGAAAUGGCCGCGAGGGGGCGGGAUCUAAAGCUCCGGAGCCGAUCGAUUCACCGGUGGGCCAGAUCCCAUUCCCCGCUUCGGAACGCGCCAAUCCAAAUCCAAGUCCAAACCUCCGCCGCCGAUUCCUCCUCCCUCCGCCUCGGCCGCCGCUGCUGCCGACUCCUCUUCUUCCGCCAAUCCUCCGCCUGCCGCCGCGAUCUCGGGGGCGGAGAAGGCGAAAUCGAAGGAUCCAUCGCCACUGGUCGGCCGGUCUUCAAAGAGAACGGUGGCGAAGCCGAAGCCGGUGAACUGGGUGGGAGGCUUCCCAGCAAGCGUUAAUUUUUUUUUUUUAAAAAAAAUGCCAUUGCCGACGCUUUUAAGCGUCGGAGGCUUAUAAAAGGAACGACGCUUAAAAGCGUCGGCAUAGACCGACGACGCUUUUUUGACGCGUCGGGUUAAAUUCGAUCCACGCCCACCUGCCCGACGUCUGAUCCACGCUUUGCGAUGCGU